GUUUUAAAGAAGUUUGGUGAUGUUGUUUGGCAUGUUAGUUGGUCUGUAACAGGGAAUAUUUUAGCUGUAUCUGGUGGUGAUAACAAGGUAAACUUAACGUAGAAUCAGCCUUAAAUUGGCUGAGAUGCCAUGUUAAAUGACACUCUUUAUCUGUUUCGACCCUUUCUUGAAAGUCAUGUAAGAAACAGGCGAGAGAUAUCCUCUCACUGAUAGUCACCUUUACCCAAAACUGUCCAGCUUUCUUUUAGGCAAAAAAGAAACAGUUCAACUUUUGUUGAGGGGGUGGAAGGGAAAACAAGGCAGCAUGGCCCUGUGGUCAGCGCAUCGGACUUGCAAUCCGGGGGUCCCGGGUUCGAGUCCCGCUCUGGCUGCUUGCUGGAUUUGUUCUCGGUCAUCCCAAGUUCAAAUCCUCGGUCACGCUUGUAAAUAGCCAACUGGAUGCCUCCUGCCCAUUGCGGUUUUUAAUCCUGGUAUGUUGUAUUUGAGUUAUUUGUUUUUAGUGGAGUGUAUGUAAAGUAGCUGGAUAAGCUAAGUGCUCUUUCCACUAUAAACAAGCGUUUAAACCUUUUAGCGAUGGCAUGUCCACUUUGUCAUAUUCCCUGAAAUAUUCCUCAGUGAAUGAAAGUGUCCUGCACUUUCACUGCAGAUUGAAACUUCUCCUAGCUUGUUUUCCAUUUGCUUUUGUACAGGUGAGCUUAUGGAAGGAGUCAAUCGAAGGCCAAUGGGUUUGUGUUAGUGAUGUAUACAGAGGGCAAGGGCAGGAAACGCAAUGA